AUGGACGACGUACCAGCGAACGCAAAUGAGCACUGUCCAGGUACCAGGAGUGAGCAGGCUGGGAAGUCUUCAUCAUGUCAGGGUUGUCCUAAUCAGAAACUGUGUGCAUCUGGCGCUACCAAGGCCCCAGAUCCAGCAAUUAAAGAAAUAGGAUCAAAACUGUCCAUGGUCAAACACAAGAUCCUGGUGCUGUCUGGGAAAGGAGGCGUGGGGAAGAGUACGUUCAGUGCUCACCUGGCACACGCCUUGGCAAAUGAUGAGACCAAGGAGGUUGCUCUUUUGGAUGUCGACAUUUGUGGUCCAUCCAUUCCUAGAAUCAUGGGUUUGGAGGGAGAGCAAGUACACCAGAGCGGAUCGGGCUGGUCCCCUGUGUAUGUGGAAGACAACCUAGCUGUCAUGUCUAUUGGCUUCCUCCUCAGCAGUCCUGAUGAUGCUGUAAUCUGGAGAGGCCCCAAGAAAAAUGGAAUGAUCAAACAGUUUCUGAGGGAUGUGGAUUGGGGGGAACUGGAUUACCUGGUAAUUGACACACCCCCUGGCACUUCUGACGAGCACCUGUCAGUUGUACAGUACCUAAGCUCAACCCAUGUGGACGGAGCUGUCAUAAUCACCACACCACAGGAGGUGUCCUUGCAAGACGUUCGAAAAGAAAUCCGCUUCUGUCAGAAGGUUAAACUACCAAUUAUCGGAGUGGUGGAAAACAUGAGUGGCUUUGUGUGUCCAAAUUGCAAGAACACAUCUCAGAUCUUCCCUCCUACUAGUGGGGGUGCUGAGACGAUGUGUGCUAACCUAAAUCUGCCAUUGCUUGGUAAAGUGCCUCUCGAUCCAAGGAUAGCCAAAAGCUGCGAUGAAGGAAAGUCUUUCCUCAACGCGAUACCGGACUCUCCUGCUGCUGAAGUCUACAAAAGAAUUGUGCAGAGCAUCAAGGACUAUUGUUACGACCAAGCUCCAGAUGAGCAAGAAAAUGCUUGA